AUGUUACAAAACAUGGGCCUGAUCCACCUGCAUCCAUCGACUUCAACGACUUCAUCUAGUUCAUCUACUGCAACACUGUCCACCACCACCAGCACUACUUUCACCAACACCAAUCCCACCACCCCGAACAAUGUGGCCGGAGGCCCAAUUCCCCCCCCCCCCCCCCCCCCCCAUCAACAUGGUAGCGGAAUUACACGAAGAACUACCCCAGGAGGGUACCAGCACCCCUGGAGAAUCCCUCGCUGA